GUGCAAGCGGUUGUUCAAAUAGUUGUUAUACAACAAGGAUUAUGUUUCGUUUUGGGGAUGUAAAUACACAUUGUUUUCAGUUCUACUUUUUCAUUAUUAACUAUGAAAACAUAAUUUCAUGAUAAGCAUGGAAACAGAAAUCAAUUGUUCCAAUAAUACUAACAGCAAUAAUAAAAAUAAUAGUAACAAUAAUCAACACCAGCAUUGUGGAUUAUUGCUUAAAAAAGAUUCCGUGAAAAUACCCUCUCAUGCAACACUGUCAUCAAAUGAAAUAGAUUUACCGAUAAUCGAUAAUUGUAAUAAUAAUAAUAAUACCAGUGAUAACCGAAAUAGCACAUCAAGUGAAUUAAAAUUUAUGGAUGAAAGUACCUCAUCAUCAUCUUCAUCAAUAUGCGGUGUUAUCGAUGGUCCAGCAGCACCGCCACCAUCAUCCUCUAGUGGAGGAGGAGCGGGAGGUACAGGUACUGCUGGAGGCGGAUUAUCUGAAUCUUCAGGUGAUUUAACACUUGCUGGCAAUAAAUCGUCUUCUUCAACAUUAUCAAGUCGUGAUCAUCACCAUCAGCACCAUCCUCAGCAUUGUGUGGAUAGUAAUCUCCUAUUGCAUAAUGGAUUACCAAGUGUUGAAUCUUCUUUAUACCCUCAAUCAUUGUUGAAUAAGACAAAUCCAUUUUUUAUUCCUUCGAAAUCGAAUAAACCUGUCAGUACUAGUAGUAGCAAUAGUAGUGGAACGACGACGUCACCAACAACAGCAACCGCAACCACAACAGCAGCAGCGACAUCAAAUUCAACAUUAUCGAAUGCUUCACUCGCAGAUUCUAAACAAGCACGAUUGAAUAAUAAUAAUAAUAAUGCCGUCAUCAUGCCAAGUAGUCAUAAAUCACGUAUCCCCGUGCCGAUUUCAACUGAGACCGCCGGUUCAAUUGUAACACAGAAAUUGACAAUCAAAUCACAGAUUGGUGGUAGUGGUGGUGGUGUUAAUCAAGUCGUUAGGAAUGUUGUAUCAUUACCGAUGAAUAAAGCGGCGGAUGAUGAUAUAAAGCAAUAA